CUCUGAUGCCAGCUUCAACCCCAAUUUUGCCUCUGGUCGAUCAAACUAUAUAUAAAAAACUCGAAAAAGCAAUUUUGGCCCUCAACAAUGAAAUCAAUAAAAUGUGUACUGAGGUGGAAUGGAGAUGGAGAAGUGGGGCCCAAAGUGGAG